ACGCGCUGUCCCCGCCCACUCCAGGAAGUCACCUGCCUGCCAUGGCGGCUCCCGGUGUCCUUUCCAGGUGCAUAGUGUCCCCGGCUGGGAAACACACGGCUUCGGUGAUCUUCCUGCACGGAUCAGGUGAUUCAGGGCAAGGAAUAAAAUCAUGGAUCAGAGAAAUCUUAAAGCAAGAUCUAGCGUUCAAACACAUAAAGGUGAUCUUCCCGACCGCUCCAGCACAACCGUAUUCACCGAUGCUGGGAGAAAUGUCCAACGUCUGGUUUGACCGAUAUAAAAUCUCAAUGGAAUGCUGUGAAAAUCUUGAUUCCAUUGACUCGAUGUGCCAUGUCCUCACGAACUUAAUCCAGGAAGAAGUAAAAUCUGGAAUAAGCAAGAACAGAAUCAUUUUAGGUGGUUUCUCGAUGGGGGGAGCCAUGGCGAUGCAUUUAGCUUACAGAUACAACAAGGACUUGGCGGGAGUGUUUGCUCUUUCUAGUUUUCUCAAUAAAGAUUCCGAGGUUUAUCAGAAAAUUAAAGAAGCUAAAUGUAGACCACCUGAAUUAUUCCAGUGCCACGGACGCGCCGAUACGCUUGUUUUGCAUAAAUGGGGAGAAGAGACCAACACACUCUUAAAAUCUGUUGGCGUGGCAACUGCAUUCCAUAGUUUUCCAAAUCUGUACCAUGAGCUUAACCUGCAAGAACUGGAGAUGUUAAGGACGUGGAUUUUAACAAAGCUGCCUGAAGAAGCCACAGCAUCUCAGGACACCAAAACAGCAUAAAUAAACAUCUGUUACCAAAAACAA